CACAACCUGAUUGAAAUAUUUUUCCACUAUCAGCGUUCUGUGCUUAGAAUCGCAACCAGUUGGGAAGGAUUUCGAAAAUGUUGCUCAGGCCUUUUGCGGCUGUGAUUUUUCUGCUGUGCGCAGUUACAAGUGACACAGUAGGUGAAGUGACUCCAAACAUUCAUGACCUUCUGAAUGUGGAAAAUUGUGGCAAAAGCUUACCACAAUCGCAGAUUUCUGAUCGCAUUAUAGGUGGCGACAAAGUGAAACAUGGAAAAUACCCAUGGAUGGUUGCAAUUUACCAAAGAUAUGAAUAUUAUGAUGAAAAUUACCUCUUUAGAUGUGGAGGAGCCAUUUUGAAUGAAUCUUGGAUCGUUACCUCAACUUACUGCAUUCAGAGGCCAAAAGAACCAUGGAACUACUGGGUUUACACUGGUUUAUACAAACUAUCUGAAGUAGAUGGACCGACAGUCAAACGCCACAAAGUUUCGAAGAUCAUUACUCACGAAGAGUAUAACGAAUAUUAUAUUUAUAAAUAUAAUAUUGCCCUCAUCAAGCUUAAGACGCCCAUUGAUUUUGCCGAAUCUGGAGGCUAUGUCAACGCAAUCUGCCUUCCGCAGAAUAAUGAAGAUCCAGCUGGGUUUGCAACAGUUACAGGAUGGGGGAAUAUAGGAAGCCGUUAUAAUGAUCGUACAGAUGUUUUAAUGGAAGCAACCGUUCCAAUCAUUCCUCCAGCCCAAUGUCAGAACAACUACGGAAACAAUAUAUGUGCUGGAAAUAAAGAAAAGAACUUUUGUGACUACGAUUACGGAAGUCCUUUACUGCAGAGAAAUUACGAAAGCGUGGCUACACUGUUGGGUAUAGUAGCCUCUGGUUUUUCCUGCGGUGAGUCGGAUAACCCAGGGCAAUACACUAGAGUGUCGAUGUAUCUAAACUGGAUGGCUAAGAAGAUUUCUGAAAAUUGAUGCUUCAAGAUUGCUAAUCAAUUUUAUUAAGUCUCGUUGAAUAAAUGUAUUUUAAAAUU